AUGUCUCAAGCCUUUCUGAAAGCCAUUCGAGAUGCCCCCUCAGCAACCAGAACUAUCAUCAAUGUGACUUCAACGGCUGCUCAAGGUACUCCGCCCGGCACGAGUUCUUACUCAUCCGCCAAACUCGCAUUGUCCAAGUUCACAGCCUAUCUGGCCCAAGAGAACCCUGAGAUUACCGCCAUUAGUCUGCAUCCGGGCCUCGUGCCUACGGAUAUGGGACACAGUGUGCCCUACAUUGCCCCGUUCUUGCACGAUACCCCAGAAUUAUCUGGAGGCACUGCGGUGUGGCUGGCUGCUGGCGACAAGAAGUUUUUGACUGGUCGAUUUAUCACCGUAAACUGGGACAUGGAAGAGCUGGAGAGCAGAAAGGAUGAAAUCAAGGACGGUAACCUCUUGACCUUUGGGUUGAAGGGCAUAUUUGGGAUUCCUGGGGUUGUGAUUGAAGGGCGAAAACAGUAG